CUCACCACCUCAACUGUCACACUAUGACCGUUCAGGGACCUGCAGGCAACCAGCAGUGGGGUUUGGAUGCUGGCCAACAUCACAGGCGAUGGAAUGUGUAUCUCGGAAUUCCUGAUGAAUGGGUUUCUGCAAGAGAUUAUAGCGAGAGUGAACUUGAACGCGGCCCCUUAUUCAGUGAUAACUCUGAUGCUACAUCUUUGGAGUCUGCAGACGAGCUAUCCGAAGCUGUAGUUCCUUCUCUGCCGGCCGAAGAAUGUCCGCCCGUUAAACGUCGAUGUGCUCCACAGGCUCGAAGGGUCCAGAGAGGAAAAGAAAAUAGUCAUUGGCUUAUGUAUACCUAGUUGUACAUGGCUCUGAGGCAACUAAAAUAACAAAAGAAUGGUCGUGAACUCAUCCAA